UGUGCUCUUGUCAUGUGCAUAAAGUGCUUUUUGAACCCUCCCUCAAACGGACAUCUUAACUGAGCUCUUAUUCCACACAACUUUCGCAACCGUGUUGUGGACUUUUCAUGGACCAUCAAUAAUGGCUGAUAAAACGAGCUUUGUCGAUACCACCGUUCAUCUGGAUGUUAAGGAUUAUUAUGGAAAGACGUUGCAGAAGACGUCAGAUGUACAGAGUAAUGUCUGUUUGGCUCCAGUGGGGCCCAUCCCAGAACUCGUCCUCCAGGCUAUGAAGAAAGUCCAUCCCGACGUGACUGACAGAUACUACGGUUGUGGUCUGGCUGUGCCAGCGUGUUUGGAGGGCUGCAGUAUUCUGGAUCUGGGCUGCGGAAGUGGUCGAGACUGCUACAUAUUAAGUCAACUGGUAGGAGAGGCAGGCCGUGUGACUGGCAUCGACAUGACAGAGGAUCAGCUUGAAGUGGCCAGGAAACAUGUGGACUUUCACAUGAAGGAGUUUGGCUACAAGAAGCCCAAUGUGACUUUUGUCCAGGGCUUCAUCGAGGCCUUACCAGAGGCAGGUCUGGAAAAGAACUCUUUUGAUAUCAUCAUCUCCAACUGUGUGGUGAAUCUUUCUCCAGACAAGAAGCAAGUCCUGACUGAAGCUUACAACGUGCUCAAGGAUGGUGGUGAGUUAUUCUUCAGUGACAUGUACAGCAGUGGAAGACAAACUGAGGAAAUUAAAAACAACAAAGUUCUUUGGGGUGAGGGAUUCGGAGGUGCGCUGUGGUACAAAGAUCUACUACAGUUGGCCGAAGAAGUAGGAUUCAGACCGCCGAGGCUCGUCAAAGCCAAUGUUAUCACUGUUAACAACAACGAAAUGCGAGCCAUUCUGGGUGACUUCAAGUUUGUCUCUGCUACAUAUCGUCUGUUCAAAGUUCCAAAAGGCAACCUAAAGCCGUGUAAAGUCAUUUAUAAUGGAAAUAUUACAGGGGCGGAAGACUCCCUUCACUUUGACUGUCAGUACACCUUCAAGACUAAUCAAGUGGCAGAGGUUGAUGGCGAAUUAGCUGCCAUCCUGAUGCAAUCCAGAUAUGCACAGGCCUUCACUUUCCAGCCAUCAGAAGACUCUCGUGAAUCUUGUGUACUAAAACCGAAGGCAAUCUCUGGGGACCCUUUUGAGCUGGCCGCGCAGCUGCAGAAACAGAGUGCAGGCUUAGCCACAGGGGGGUGCUGCAGUACACAAUCUGCAACCUGCUUCGAGUGAUUCUGGGAGUAGAACACUGCUGCAACGUUCAGAAUCUCGGCAACAUAAUGUAAUCACGUGGUAGUGUAACAGUAGUGUGAAUGUCACAAUUGCACGUUGCUGUUUCUGGAUGUGUGUUUACGCUGUCCAAUUUCAAUGAAGCGCACUUUAGGGAUAAAGGAUUAAAUACAAUAUGGUAAGACAUGGCAUGUUGUUGGGACAUUAAGGUCUCUUGAUGCAACAUGAGAAAUCAUGACUUGUUUAACAAAUUCUAACGGGGUGCACAUCAUUUGAGACAUUUUAAAACACUUUUUGAGCAUCUUUAAUUGAACUAAAUUCAUCUUUAAAUAACACUUUCAUAGCUGCAGCUAUAACAAAGCAGUCUACAGAAGACAUGACAUGAAACAUUAACAGCAAUCCCAAAUACCCCCAAAUCUAUCACUAGUAUACAUUUGUUGUUUGCUUCAAAGUCUCCUUUUACCAGUGGAUUACAAGUUUGAAAGUUAACAAUGAGCUGUAGCGGGUAACAAGGAUACCAACUCACACCUUUUUAAGAGAAACAAUGUAUUACUGUUUAAAAAACAACAACAUGAAAUUUGCCUACUUGGGGUCAUUGGUCAAAUUGAGUUGUGCACUU